CUUUAGUCAGGCUCCACUCUCAAUCCCAGUAACGCUACAUCUCUCAAUCGCCAUAUUGGGUCCUGAGGUUUGUCCGCAGUUGCUCUCUCUACGGGACGAAUUUGACAGAGCAGCUUCAGGUCCUGGGCACUUUGUUUUGAUGAUCCGCGGAGACUACUUUCGGCUCCAGACGCACCGCGGCCCUCACCGUCUCCAGCCAGCUUUACGCAUGGCAUAAAGUGGCCUUUUUACGCGUGUUUUGGAUCUACCCCUCUGCAACCCAGGAGAUACCCGUGGGAGGGAGGGUGGAAAAAAAAAUGUCAGAUGUUCGGCUAUCAAACGGGAGCCCGACGCUGGAGCGCACCGACUCCCGGGUGUCGGAUCACCCGAAGCCGUCUGCGUGCAGGAGCCUCUUCGGCUCGGUGGACCACGAAGAGUUAAAGAGGGAUUUAAAGGGACAUUUGCGGGAGAUGGAAGAGGCAGCCUCGGCCAAGUGGGGCUUCGACUUCGCCAAUCACACGCCGCUGGCCAACAGCCGGCUGGAGUGGGAAUUAGUGGAUUGCAGGCACGUCCCGGAUUUCUACAACAAGCAGCCGCGGAGGGAGAAGGGCGUCUGCUCCGCCGGGAAUAACAAUGUGGAUCUAAACGGGAAUCAUAGCUGUGUGGUGGUGGUGCCGUCGAGCGCAGACACCGACCGGGCGGACGCACAGAUGGAGUGCACGGAGCAGUGCACCGGGCUGAGGAAGAGAGCAGCGUGUCACGACCCCUCGGCCCAAAAUAAGAGAUCACACACCAGCUCGGAUGAGGUGACUUGUCCGAGCCUGAGCCACUCUACAGAACACACGCCCAGAAAGACCAGUCCCAAGAGGCAGACGUGAGCACGAAACCCGAGCCCCGAGAUGUGUUUCCCCUUUUCAAGUGGGAAACCUCAGUGUUGGUCGAUUUUUGGAAGAGGAACUACACAGCAUCAGAAACAUAUCAGCUCUCCUGAAGACGGGGGAGGACGCUGUUGAAGCACUGAAUAGAAACACUAAAGUUGUGGCACUCAAUUAAAAAGUUACUGCCUCUAAAAGCAGUCAAUGUAGCAGUGUGCAAUUAGGUUUGAUUUCCUUUUUUGCUCCUUUUUUUUUUUUUAUUUUUUUUUUUACUACCUGUGUGUAAAUAAAUAUACAUAUUAUAUUAUAUUUCUCUCCAUAUGUAGCACAUAAGAAAACAUUAUGAUUUGAACACGGAUCCUUUAUGUAAAAAGGUGUGAAUUUUGAUUUGACUUGAAGAAUUGCAGUGUAGUUUGAUAUGUUUCCAAAAUGCUGUUCUGUUUUUUGGUUUUUUUUUUGUAAUUUUAUUUUCCCGAAAAGCAGUGUGACUUGGACAUGGUCCCUAAUUGCUACAUUUAAAACAAAAUCAUGGUUUCUUAACAGUGUAUCUUCACUCCGUCAUCUUCCUAACUCAGCAGUGAAGAACGGUACAAAUGUAGCUCAUCUGUGUUUUUAUAUAUUUUUUUCCUCAUCUGGUCACUUCAGUGUCACCAAUUGCAGGUUCUCCUAUAAGAUCCAUUUCCCACAGGAAAAAAAAAAAAAAAAAAAAGUAAUAUUUCUCCUAGGGUUUCCUUUACAUCACCCCAAUAUUUAUUUUUUGAGAUAGGUGCUUUUAGCAUUAGUUGAAUCCUGGAAUAUGGUCAACUUUAUUUUUUCUCAAGUUCUCCUGCACACCUCAGCCACAGUGUUGUGGUGUGUUUGAUUUGGAGUUGUGAGGUACUCAGAUAUUGAAGGACAAAGACCAUACAAACUGCACAGGUUGUCUUGUAAAGUCAUCCUCUCCUUGACUAUAUUCUUUUUUUUUUUGUUUCAUCAGCCUUAAUGCUCUCCAGAGAGUAGAGUUUUUCUGAAAAGGGUUGAAUGUCCUACAAUACCAAAUACAUGGUUGCUUCAGAAUGGUUGCCAGCACUGCCUGUGCUCCUUAAUUGACUUCACAUUUUUUGUGAAAACCUGGACUUAAAUUUUCCAUUUAUGUUUGUGCUUGUUUCACCAAUGUUGUUAGCCUGCUGAGGAUGCAAACGUGAGCAUCUAAAAGCUUCCCUUUAUUUGCCUAAAAUGUGGGUUAUAUUCAAAGAGAGACCAGUGUACACCUGGAUAAAAAAGAGAGAGAGAGAGAGAGCAGCUUGUCUCAGAAAUGCAGUCACCAUGCCUGUGUAUUUGUGUAAAACUUUGCAAUGUACCAAUGUACAUAAUUUUGUAAAAACACUGAGAAAUUAUACUAACUUAUUUAUGUCAAGCUUUUUUUUUAUGUAGAAUAAAAAAAAAAUGGGUUUUUUGAUUACGGUUAUCCAAAGUGGCAUUUACUUUAUUAUAAUUGUCUUAUUUUGUAAAAGCA